CGGCGCGCGCGAACGCACGCGAACGACGCGAAAGGCGCACCCCGCGCGAACACCCACCGACGAGCGAACGCACGAUGGCGACGACGACGCGAGCGCCCGCGAUGGCGCGGAUGGCGAUCCGAAACACCGCGACCCGCGGGAAGACGGCGAGCAAACGCGCGGUGGCGAUGCGAGGCACCGAGCGCGUGGACGGAGGGAUUUAUAAGGAACCCCACCACGGGUUCAGCGAUGAGUUCAUCGAGGAGACGCUCGGGAAGUUCCCGGAAGAGGGCAUCUGCGAUAACCAGGAGGCGAUGAUUCUCGUCGUCGCGGGCGGGUACAAGAUUUUGGACGUGCGCGCGGAUUCCGAGAUUGAUUUCGUGGGUAACUACCCGCGGGAUCAAAUCAACGGCUCGAAGUUCGUCGUGGCGUCGAUCGUCAACGCGACGCGCAAGUACGACAGCGAGAAGGGCGAAAAGGUGUACCAGCAAAGCGUCAACGCCGACUUCAAGGCGCAAGUUGAAAAAUUGUUCCCGGAUAAGGAAGCGAAGGUCAUCGUCGCUUGCUCCGAUGGCCGCAACCGCACGCUUCAAGCGCUUGAGACCAUGGAUGAAAUGGGCUACGUCAACAUCGUCGGUCUCCGCGGUGGCUACAACUUGUGGAACCGUCAAUGGGAUGCCAAGCUUCGCACGCGCAACUUGCCGGGCGUCUUCAAGGAAGACUACAUCCACGGUGCCGACGGUUGCGGCGUGCACGCCACCGGUGCGGGUUUCCAAAACCAAGACGCGUUCCAAUACGCUGACUGGAGAGACACCACCGAAUGGAUCGACACCCUUGAACCGGUCGCGGCGUAA